UGUUCCCGCCGAUGAGAACGGCGCGACACGGACGAAAUUUCGGUAAUUCAUAUGCAGGCCGGUUAAUAGUCCGCGGCGCGGGUCGGGUAUUCGUGUAUCUCCGGGGUGCUGGUGUGCGCGACGGCUGGUAGGUGGUAGCGGAGGAGUAGCACACGGAUGAUAUGGUGUUGGUGAGAUCGUUGUCCGUGGCCGUUGCGAGCGCGAGAGAGAGAGAGAGAGACCGGGCAGAAAGUGGGAGAGCGAGAGGGACAGAGGCGCAGUCUGAAAGAAUAAGAGGGACGUGGCGGCAAGAGGCGCGGGUGCAGGGGGGCAGGGGGAGGGGAGGUCGUAAGGGAUCGGCGCUUCGGGCAACUUCAGUCGGUGCGUGCGAGCGGGUCAGAUCGGACGUUCGUUGUGUCUGCGGGCGUCGCUCGCGCGGUCGUUUUCCCGACGCAUCGUCCUCUCUCACGAGCCUCUUCCUAAUCGCCGGCAUCGCGGCGAAUGACCGUCGACGCGCUCCGGCCUCGUGGGGGAACGACGACAGGGAAGAUCGGCGCGUUUUUUCUUGUCGAGAGAGAGAGGGAGAGAGAGAGAUAUUCGCCCGUUCGUUCGCUCCUCCGCGCGCCCACUCGGCAUCGUCUUAGACGACAUCCUCUCCUUCGGCUUCCGACUGCGAGGAGAGCGUCGAAGCGGCUGCCGAAGCGGGGAUUGACAACGUCCGAUUGAUCACGCUCGCGAAGAAGCGAAGAUUUCGAUCGCACCGAUUACGUAGUCGUCGUCGUCGUUGUUUACAUCGUCAUUGACCAUCGAUCACGCGUGGUGCCGCCGACUCGCCUGAGAUGUUCCUCGCGCGAUCAUCGAGAGAAGGAUUGCGACGAAGCUGGCACAACAGACGCAAGAUUGUUGUUGCGCACGUGUGAGGCGCGCGCGCGCGCGCACACGAGACGAGGAGGAUCGAGCGAGAAGCGUUUGACGAGGAGCGGCAACGAGCUAUGAUAUCCGCCCUUGAACGUUCGGCCACGAUCGCCAUGAUGCGUUUCGAUUCUCGUAGCCGGCCGGUCCCCAAGUAAUAACCUCCUCUUCAGCCAGGCGGUAUGGUAUAGUCGAGGUCCUUCGAGGAAGAUAAGAAGACCGCGAGGCGAGAUUCGCGCGUUCUUUAAUGGACGUUGUGCUGAUCCCGGUUGCAUUCUGCCGGCGAGCCGCGCUUCGCGAGGAAAACAAGAUUCAAGAGAAGGAAGAGGGACCUUGAGAUCUCCUCCUGUUGCGCGAGGGUUUUAUGGGUGUAUACGAAGGUACGGAGGAGAGACUCGCUUCGAAAUAUCCAUUCGCCACGAACGGAUAAUCCUCGCUCUCUCGUGCUCUCUCUCUCUCUUUCCUCCUCUCUCUCUCUCUCUUCAUUAUCAUUCUCUCCGCCUUGUCUCUCGAUGACGCGCUCAGGAUGAUGAUCGAUUGAGGCGACAACGUGCGCGGCACGGUCAACACGAGAAUCGAUCUCCCCCGGUGAUACAUCGGUGAUAGCCGAUCGAACAGCAGCAGCGCCAGGAAACCGAGCACGGCGAAGCGGAUGCGCACCGCCACCGGCGGGGUCGCAGAGAUGUCGCGGAUUUCGAAUCGCGUCGCCACGAUCGGCGCGGCGCUCGCCAUCGUUUUGCUCGUGAUAUUGCUGGUAAUAUUGUGGUCGGACGUGCGCAACAUGGACAGGGUCGAGCCGGAUGCCGCUCGAAUACGGAAGAAUUCAACGGUCGAGCGCGUCGUCAAUGAGACGUGGAGGAAGCAGCAAGCCGGCCUGCGCGUCACCACGCAUCUCGUUAGCACAUUCGGCCAGCCGCCGACCGAGCGGAACUUCACGAACGAAGUACUCUCUGAGGAAACGCAAGACACGAAGAGGUACAACGACACUUCGAUCGAUGUGUUGCCGCCCGUUAAGGACAAUCUGGAGUACGUGAAGCCCUUGAAAAUUAGCCAAAAUCAAUACGAAGAUCCGCCCGAGGAGUUUUCCACGGCGGAGAGACAUCACAGCGGUCACUUCCGGCAUACGUCGGCCGAAGUAUGGGACCCGCAUCCGCAGUACGAAUUUACUGCCUUCGGCAAGCGAUUUCGCUUGCGAUUAGCGCACGACGCCAGUUUCGUGUCUCCCGACAUAAAAGUGACGCAUAUGAGCGAGAACACGACCAGGAGGGAGCACGCGGGUCACCACUUGGGUUGCUUCUACAGCGGUUCGGUCGAUGGAGAUCCAAGUUCAGCGGUCAGUGUCAGCCUUUGUCACGGAAUGACCGGUCACAUGAAGACGUCGAUGGGAAGCUACUUCAUCAAACCCACGGAGCAUUGGCGCGAGGAUGACAAGGACUCCCUCGGGUCCUCGCUGCAGCACGCGAUCUACCGUGUACCCGCGUCGGCGUCGUCCAGCUUCAAAGAAGACACCGCUUUCGAUAUCACCGAGGACGAAGUCAAGAAUCGCAACUGCGGCGUGAUAGAUUACGACUUGGACGACAGCCCUUCCCCGCUAACGGACGAUAGUUCCGCUCGCAAGAUUUACGUCGGGGAGCGUCCGCGGGAGCGCAGAUCAUUGACGCGGAGAACCGCGUCCCUGGGACGCUCCAAGGAGGAGGAGAAGGAAUACGAGCGGAGUUUCACGGAGCAGGGCGAGUAUCGGCGGGCUUUCUUCGAGGAGCAGGAUCGCGACAACAGGUAUCGACCGAUAUACCGCAGUGCGCGUGAACACAGCUAUCAGAACGGAGAGUACUCUCAGGACUCGGAGAUGGAGACAGAUCCUUUCGUAACGUGGAGACCACGGCGAGCAUUGCCGCGCGAAUACUUCAUCGAGAUCAUGGUGGUGGCCGACAAGAAAAUGGUGGAUUAUCACGGCAGCGGCCUGAUCAGUUACAUCUUGGUCCUGAUGAGCACGGUCUCACGGAUCUACAAGGACCGGUCGAUUGGCAAUCCGGUGAGCAUAGCCGUGAUGAAGAUCGUGAAAACCGACGUGAUGUUCGGCGAGAAGCAUACCGGAAGCGACGGGAUCGCGGCGGCUGAAAUGUUGAAGCGAUUUUGCAAUUGGCAGAAGCACAACAAUCCGGACGAGCCUUCCCCGGAACACCACGAUGCCGCGCUCCUUUUAACCAGAGAAAAUCUGUGUCACAAUCCGGGGCAGAUGCGUUGUGACACUCUGGGAUUAGCCGAGCUCGGUAGAAUGUGCUCGCCAGGAUCUUCGUGCGCUAUUGUGCAGGACAAUGGAUUGGCCGCGGCGUUUACCAUCGCUCACGAGAUCGGUCAUGUGCUCAACAUGCCGCAUGACGACGACCCCAAGUGCGCGGGCUUCAGGAACCGCUCGGGCGUGCACAACGUGAUGUCCCGCAUGCUGGACGACAAUACCUUCCCCUGGGAAUGGUCGAAAUGUUCCCGGCACUAUGCCACCGAAUUUCUCGAAACCGGGUACGCCAACUGCCUAUUAGACGAGCCCAGCAAGAUGAUGGAGAGGCAGGACGGUCGCUUACCCGGCGAGGAUUAUUCGGAGAACAAGCAGUGCGAGCUCGUGUUCGGGCAAGGCUCCCGAAUCUGCCCUCACAUGGUGAGUGAUGUGUGUAGGAGAUUGUGGUGCACCGCGCCAUUGUGGGACCAUCAUCAGCAGUGUCAUACUCAGCACAUGCCGUGGGCGGACGGUACCUCGUGCGGCGUCGACAAGUGGUGUCACCGUGGCGAGUGCGUCUCGCGCAGGAAUCUCAGGCCGGUGGAUGGCCAAUGGGGCGAAUGGGGGAGAUACGGCGAGUGUACGCGCACCUGCGGCGGCGGUGUCAAGAGGAAGUAUCGCGAGUGCGACAAUCCGGCGCCGAAGAACGGCGGCAAUUACUGCAUCGGCGAACGCGUCAAGUACCGCAGCUGCGGCGUCAGGGAGUGUCCACCGGGUAGCCCGGAUUUCAGAGAGCAGCAGUGCUCGAAAUUCGACAACAACACGUUCAACAUUCAGAAUCUCACGAGGGAAGUCAAGUGGCACGCGAAGUACACUCGAAUACCGUCCGAAGAGCGUUGCAAGCUGUACUGCCACGUGAAGAGCUAUCAGUAUUACAUGUUGCGCGACAAGGUGAUCGACGGGACACCCUGCGGCCCCGACACUUUUCACAUAUGCGUUAACGGCCAGUGCAAGCCGGCCGGAUGCGAUCACGUCUUGAAUUCGACGGCCGAGCUCGACACUUGCGGAGUCUGCCGGGGUGACAACUCCACUUGUCAGAGGAUCACCGGUUCCUACAACGAGAGCGUGUACGGUUACACGAGAGUGGCUAAGAUUCCUGCCGGCAGCAGCUACAUCGAUAUCAGGCAACGUGGCUGGCUGGAGUCGCACAAUGACAGCAAUUAUCUCGCGUUGCGGAUCGGGGAGAACGGCGAGUACGUCCUGAACGGCAACUUCAUGGUGAUGCAUCGCAAGGUGAUCGUGCACCCGGGCGUCACCAUCGAAUACAGCGGACCGGAAUCGAUCGUCGAGCGGCUCAACAGUUCCCGGCCGACCGCCAUCGAUCUAAUUCUGGAGGUGUUAUCCGUAGGGAACGUGUACCCGCCGCAGAUUACGUACGAGUACACUGUGCCGAAGAAGAUUCUGAACAGCUUUACGUGGCUGCUCAAUGACUGGUCGACUUGCAAUCGGAUGUGCCAGGGUAUGAAGUAUCGUAAGGCCGAGUGCAGGAGUACCGAGCACAAGGACGUAGUGCCCGACGACUAUUGCAGAGCCGAGGACAAGCCGCAGGAGGAGAGUCAAGUAUGCAACGCGCAUUGCAUGCUGCAAUGGCAGACGACUUCCGUGUCCGAGUGUUCGAGUCACUGCGGCCCGGGCGUCCAGACCAUCACCUCGCGAUGCGUCCAGGUCUUGUUGGACUCGGCGCAUCCCCCACGGCCGAUAUCGGCGCACGCGUGCUUGCACAUCGAGAAACCGGGCGAGCAUCAGCCCUGCAUGGGUCCGUGCGACGACGCUCACUGGAGCUACAGCGAGUGGAACGCCUGCAGCGUGUCGUGCGGCGGCGGCGUGCAGUUGAGGAGCGCCAAGUGCGUCGACUCGAACGAACGACAGGUGCGAGAUGAGAACUGCGCCGGACAAGAGAAGCAUCUCAAGAGGAUAUGCGGUCAAGAAGCUUGCCCGAAGUGGGACCUGGGAGAAUGGAGCCCGUGUUCCGUGACAUGCGGCGUGGGAAAACGGCACAGAGACUCCUGGUGCCAUGUCGAGAAUCGCGUGGUACCGCGUACCUUCUGCAGCGGUACGCCAAUCGGAACGACGGAGGUCUGCGAUGCAGGUCCUUGUCAUUACUGGCAUGCCGGCGACUGGAGUCCGUGUUCGGUGACGUGUGGUGACGGAACGUUACGAAGAAAAGUUAUCUGCAAGAGUGCCGACGGCGUGACGAGCGACAAAUGCCCCGUCUCGGAGAAACCGGAUGACUCGGCUCCCUGCACGCUGAAACCAUGCCCCGUUGUGAGCCCACCACCAGUCAUAUAUUCGUCCAAUCCGUCGCGCGACGAUCUCUCGCAACAGGAGAACGAAAUUGAUAGCAACGGCAUCACAUUCCGCUCGGGUUACAAGUGGCACACGGGAUCGUAUAGUGAGUGCUCGAAGUCGUGCGACACCGGAUACAAAAUCAGGAUCGUCAAGUGUGUAUCCUCGGAGACGGGUACCGUUGCGCCCGAUUAUUAUUGCAAUUCGCAUCAACGACCGGCGGCCAGGAGCGCGUGUAAUCGCCAUCCGUGUCCAGCUUGGGUCACCAGUGACUGGAGUGAGUGCGACACAGAGUGCGACCGUGGUUUCCAACACCGUCAAGUUCGCUGCCAAAGUCGCCGGGGCGAGAUUCUGCCGGACAGGGAAUGCAACGAGCAACGACCGAAGCACAUACGAAGGUGCCAGGAGCCCUGUCGGGACGGUCCCAAGUUUAACAGGGAGAAUAAUUUCGAUUCUAACAUUGUUCGCAGAUGGAGAAUGUCCGAUUGGACUCCCUGCUCGAAAUCGUGCGGCCACGGGAUUCAGACGCGAAGAGUGGAAUGUGUGAUCAGAAGAGGCAGCCACGGGCCGGAGAUUCCUGUUAAGGAUGAGCAGUGCUCGAGAACGAAACCGCGCAAACCGAAAUCGCAGAGAUUAUGCCAACGCAUUGCCUGCGACUACACCUGGCAAGAGGGCACCUGGUCGGAGUGUUCGGCGGACUGCGGCGAGGGGAAGCAACGUCGCGCAGUGACUUGCCACCACGUGAACCUCUACGGAUGGAUCGACCCGACCCCGACCGAAGGUUGCCCGAUGGACCAGAAGCCGGCCGGCGAGCAAAGCUGCAAACUGCGCGAGUGCGGCGACAAGUAUUACUGGACCGCCGGCGCCUGGAAGAAGUGCAGCCACCCGUGCGGACGUAAAGGCCGGCAGAAUCGCAGGCUUUACUGCCACGAGCGCAGCGGCAAGAAAGUCGCGCGGUACUAUUGCCCGGCGGAGUUCAGGCCGCAACGGAAACGCAAGUGCAAUCAGAGGAGGUGCGGGCCGAUUACCUGUCUGGAAAUUCAGAAACGUCUGCGGACUAACGCGGACGGCGAGUAUCCGCUGUUGAUCGGCGGCAAGAACAUGACCGUUUACUGCCACGGGAUGUCGAGCGCCGAGCCGCGCGAAUACCUAACGCUGCCGGCCGGCGAUAGUGAAAACUACGCGGAGAUCUACGACAAGAGGUUGAAAAAUCCGCACGUAUGCCCGUUCAACGGCCAGAGGAACGACAACUGCAGCUGCGUGUCCGAAUUCGAGACGAUUUCUGGCAAAACGAUGUUCAGGAGAGUACGCAUAGAUCCUGUGAGACUCCACAUUAUAGCAAACGACUACACGUUCUCAUGGACUCACGGGAUGAAACGCGUGGAGUACGGCAAAGCCGGCGAUUGUUACAGUCUUGCUAAGUGCCCGCAGGGUCGUUUCAGCAUUGAUCUGAGAGGAACCGCGCUGAGAUUGUCGCCGGAAGUCACGUGGGUCCCGGACACCUCGAGCGCCUUUCUCGCAGUUAACAAGAUCAGUAAUCAGCAAAUCUUCGGCAAGUGCGGCGGUUACUGCGGCUUCUGCUCGCCGAAGAUAGGCCUGAAACUGGACGUCUUACCUCCCUAGUCACAGUCGUCGGCUUUUCGCGCUGCACCUGUCUGUUCGAUCGUGUGUCACACGAUCUCCAACGGAGAAUCUUCAGGAUGCCUCACGGGAUGCUUCACGGAGCAGCGAGAGAAACGUGAACAAUCGGGCCCCCGAUAUCAUCCGUUACGCGCGCGCACUAGUAAUCCAUUUUUCUUCUCAUUCUCAGGAAGAUCCCGAUUUAUAUUCCAAAUCGUCGGCCGUGAGAGACGACUUAUUUUCUCUCCUCUCAAUUUGUGGCACUCCGUUGGAAUCGGACUGUUCUAACAGAGCUAGGAAGGAAGAUUCGAUCGUUGCGAAAAGUGACGCGUCUAGAUUAGUGCUGUCGAUACUCGAGUACGCGAGUACGUUGUCACUCGGGCGAUAAUUCAGAUGUUUCGAGACCGCAACUGGGAGAACUGCUGCUUUGGACCGCGAAAUUUGUCGGUGCAAGUCUCAAGCUACAGAUCUUGCUGGGUCCGCUGCUGCCGCUGUAAUUAAUCGGACGUGUGACAAGUCCUUCUUGUGACGAAUUUAUCACUGAAAUUUACUAAUAGCCGUUACGUCUAAUCACAAACGGUAAUUACCCGCGCUGUGCUUGCCCGAACUUUCCGAGCUUUCUCGUUUGUAUAGAGGAAACGGACUUAAAAUAUUGAGAUCUUGUUUUAAUUCUACAAUUGUCGAGUGCACAUCAACCAACCUUAACGUAUGACUCACAUCGAUGUUAUAAUUUCGACGGUAUGCGUGCGAUAUCACAUGUUUGUAACACAGUUACAUCGCUCAGUGGGAAAUUGUGAUGUGACGUUAUUAUAGGUAGAACAUCUGUACUUUCCAGACAUCCAGACGUUUCGGGUGUCGAAGCAGCAUCCGUGUAUUCGUGUGCUGACCGAACCUGAUUGCGAGAUGCAUGGGGAUCGCUCUAUCUGUACUGGCAGCAUUAAUGUAAAUAAAUGGCGCGCAUAUCGAUUCCGCGACCGCGAGCCGUGGUACUGUAACCACCGACAUGCUUUAAAUUCGAUUAGUUUCUUAGUAGCUCUCGGACGGGGAGAAAUAUCGACUAUGAUGAUGUGCCGAAAUGCAGUUCACGGGGGCGACGAGAAUUGCCGGCCGAUACGCCGAGACAUGCACAUGACACCAUAUCCGAGUUAUCACUGCCAUCACCUGUGCGUGCGAUUGUAGGGAUUAUGAAAAUCAUUGUCUUCAAGUAGUAGGGGUCUUCUGCAUUGCGGGGUCGACGGUUAGUCGCCUUAGAUGACCGGUUCCGGUACGAAUUUCCCUUCGAUUCUAUUAAUUAACCGUCGACGCAGCGCACCGUUUAUCUCCGCAGAUGCGACAGAAACGAUUUCUCGGGCGAUCACUUCGCCAGAGCGGAUCCCGUACUUGAGGCAUGCUCUCCGGUCCGCAUAGUUGCCAUUAAACACGCGACGUCUGUGCAUUUAAAUACAGGAACACAUUUGUGCCAAGUUACAAACAUACGUAUGUAAUCGUGAUGCGUCUGUAGGAAACGUUCCAAGUGCGAAGUGUAAAAAAAGUUGCGAAGAAUAUUCGAUGAUUGCUACACCCUGCCAAAUAUGGGAAACUCAGGUUUAAUCCGAACAAAUAUCGGUAUUCGGAAUCGCAUUAAUUUUUUUACUUACGAUAGAUAAAAGAGGAAGGAAGAGAUUUUGAAAUGAAGAGAUUAGAAACUAGGGAUUUCGGUGAAGAAUAAUCACGUAUGUUCAUCUUGAUUUUAUCCUUUCAUAUAAUUCGUUAAAUUAUACGCCGAAAUUAUGUUCGCAUUUCGAUCGGUCCAGUUACCGAAUAUUUAUUCUAAAAACAACAUCUACAGAGCUAUGAAAAAAAGAAACAGCGACCUGUUAAAA